CAAUAAACAGGGCUGCCAACUCUCACAUAUCUGCCGUGACACGGUUUCUGGCUGUUACGCACACUCAAGAAAUCUUACGGCAAAUCUAUAUCAUUCCAUUAUAAGCCUAAAAUUAGUUGCAUCAAAGGCGUCGGGGUAGUUUGCAAACCAAGCGGACUAUUUACAAGAUAGAGAACCUCGGGGCAUAAAAGAGAUCUGAGCAGUACAGUUUUCCGCAAACGGGCGGCGGAUGGUCGGUCGAACGAACGGACGGACAGACAGACAGACAGACAGACAGACAGACAGACAGACAGACAGACAGACAGACAGUUUAGAAGCAUCUAAAAAGAGAGAGAGAGACAUCUGAAUGCAGUUUUGUCUCCAAGAGUCUUAAACAACCUACAGUGAUGAAAAAUCGCACAGGCCUCAGUGAAGAUUCAGUGAUGGAUUCAGCACCAUACAGCAGGUUCAGUGGAUCUGACCCAGAUGACAGUUUUCAGGGACCAAAGUUCACACUACGUCCUGGCAGGCGUGUGAAGUUGAUGAUUCUGCUGUACUCAGUUGUACUAUUCCUGCUGCUGGUCCUGCUGCUGGUGUCUGCAGUUAAAUUCUCUCAGCUAAACCAGGAGAUGUUGAGUGUGAAGCUCUUCCUCAUCUCCAUCAAUUCUUCACUGUUGCACGUAGGGGAAGCACCUCCAAAGGCAGAGCAUUACACCGGUGGACUGACUAAUGGACAAGGCUCCUGUAAAGACAGCUGGGUGUCCUUCCGGAGCAGCUGUUACCAGAUUUCCACCAAGAGGCUGCCAUGGGAAGGUGCUGAGAGGAAGUGCGUGGAGAUGGGGGCACACCUGAUCGUCAUCAAUGAUGCCGAGGAGCAGAAGUUCAUACGUGGAAAUGACCUUGCAGAGCAACUUUGGAUUGGGCUGGUGGAGAGAGAAAAUGAGGACAGGUGGACCUGGGUGGAUGGCACUGACUUUACCACAACUCUAAAAUUUUGGGACGUUGGCCAACCGGAUGACUGGUCUCAGAGGGAAGACUGUGGGCAGCUUCAUGGAAACGGGCUGUGGAACGACGCCGACUGCAGCUCCCAUUUUAAGUACAUCUGUGAGAUGCCAGCCAAUUAGCCUCCCCCGCUGACCUCCCCGGGACAGAACAGUGCUCAGAGGCUCCAGGAAAGGUUUUGCCUGCAGUUUUUUCAUUGGUACUCUGGAAUUACACAGUAGGCAGUCAAUUCUAAAUGAUAAAACUGUCUGUUAUUAAGAAUCAGAGGUGGAUUGUUCAGGUCCAAGAUUUCAAGUACAAAUCCAGACCAAGACUUUGUUACAACCAACCAGUUGAGCAUGAGGAGUCAGUCACAAAGUUCUCAGCUGGUUGGUUGAAAUAAAAUCUUGGUCUGGAUUUUUACAUUCUAGAUGUGAACUAUCCACCUCUUUUAAGAAUUAAUGUGAUUCUGUAAUUUUGCUUUGUCUACUAAAAUUAAUUCUGUGUAUGACUGUGUUUUUUUUUUUUACUAACUCAAGAUUAGCACUUCAGCUGUUUAUCUCUGAACCUUAUUUACUGGCUUUUGAAGAUCGAUGUCAAAUAGUUAACGCUUUCCUAUGUUUCAGUACUCUGCAAACGAUAUCACCAGUAUUUAUACAAUGGUUGGAAAAACUGUCAUUAAAAAAAAACAUGCAACCUG